CUUUUCUAAAAGAAAAAAAGAAAACGGCGACAUGUCGUCUAGUUCGCGUCGUCGUGGCGGCGGCGGUGCUAUGGAAAUGAAUUCCAAAUUACACAUGGAUCGUCAACCGACUGUAACCAGAAUAAAUGAUCCCUCAUUGCCGGCUGGAAAACGUCGUGAAAUCGAUAACGUCAUGAAAAAGGCACGAGCCAACACCAACGACUAUUGGGACAAAAAACUAUUGGAAGUUGAGGAAAAGGAUCCGAAUCGUUGGCGUCAUACAGGCUACAAGAAAAUGUACAUCCAAGGAGAAAGCAGUUCGGGUGAAAGUGAUCGUGAGGGAGGAGGUGCUGGUGGCGGUGAUAGAGGUGGUGCCGCCGGUAAUGGUUAUCGCGGUUAUAACUCUUCAUCCGGUGGUGGUGGCGGUCCACCACCCAUAACCGGUCGUUAUGGUCGUUCGCCACGUUCUCGGUCGCCGCGUUCACGCAGUCGUUCACGUUUGCGCAAAACCCCACCACAAUCACCGCCAAUGCGUCGCCGUUCACCUCCACCGCCGCGUGAUAUCGAUCGUAUAAAUCGUAAUCGUGUAUCGUCGCCACCUUCGUCAAUGGAUGGCCGUGACCGGGGACGUCCUCGUUCACCACCAUAUCGUGGACCGCCGCGUUCACCCUCCGACAUGGGUAGCGGUAGCCGUCGUCUUCCGCCAAUCGGUGGUGGAGGUAGUGGUGGUCGUCCGCGUUCACCACCAGAACCUCCGAUGCGUCGUCGGAAUUCGCGUUCGCCCAUUGAUCGUGAACGGGAUCGUCGUCGUGUUACACCGCCUAAUAUGAGCAGUGGUAGUCGUCGUCGUACACCACCACCGCCGGUUUUGGGUCGCAGUAGCGGUGCGGAUAUUCCCUCGAAGUCGAGAGGACAAAUAUUGCCACGUUCAAAGAGGCCACCAUCACCACCACCUAGGUCGUCUUGUCGUUCGCGUACCAACAGCUCGGUUAGCAGUUGCUCUGAUGAUUCGUGUUCGGUUUGUUCACCCAGUCAUCGUCAUCGAUCUCGUUCAAUUUCUAUGCAUCGUCCGCCCCGCGAACGUGGACCUCGUUCGCCACCACCAAAAUCAUCAUCUCGUUCGCUGCAAUAUCAUCGCGGUGCCGUACCGCCAUCCUCUUCGUCCUCGACCUCCACAAGUGGCCGUGUAGCGGUGCGUCCCAGUUCACCACCACGUAGUUCCGAUCUUGACAAAUAUCAACGGGAAAUGAAUGUGCGACGGAUUAGUCGUCAGCGUAGUAUUGAUGGUCACGUUUCCGAUGGACCUGUUAAGGUAAGGACUAGUCGUCAUUCACCGCUUGAAGAUCCGCGUUUGAAAAAUCGUCCACCUGAGCCACCAGAGCCCACACCCGCCACAGUGGCUCCUGUCAAGAAGAAGAAAAAGGAAAAAGAGUUACGCACACGCAUCAAAAUCGAGGGUGAAAAACGUAAAAAACACUCCUCAUCCGAAUCGGAUGAUUCCGGUGGUUCAGAUUCCGAUGAAACUCCGCUGCCCACAUUUACCGCCACAACGCGUCUUACGUUAUCGGAACGUUUCGGAAAAAUGGCCCAAUGGUCCAUCGAUCGCAGUAAUAUGGAAAAUAUGCGCAUAACCAAGGAUUCAGCGGGUGGCGCCCUGAAGGUUAUGAUCGAAGAAGGCCUUGAAUCUCCGCCGCGUCGUUAUUCGUAUUCACCGGCACCGGUUGGUCAUUUUCCCGAGGAAUUGGCAACAACAGCACCGUCGGGUAUGCUGUCGUGGGAUGAUGUACGUGUCCGCUAUGAUUAUUAUAAGUCGCGUGGCUAUUUGAGAGAUUUGGAUUUGAAGGACUACAUAAAAUGGGAAGAAUGGUGGUAUAAAUAUCAGGAGUGGCUUAAACAUGAACGUUACUAUGAAUAUUGGGAACGUCAACAGCUUGCCCGCCAACGUAGACGUAAAAAGUUACCCAUUACCCAGAGACUCAAUUAAAUAAC